AUGUCUUUCGUCAAAAAUCAAGGGGCAGGGCCCCCUGGUCUAACUACGACUCAAGCAGCUUCGACAACCAGUAAUUUACAAAAGGACGACGUGCAGAUGGCUGACGAACCCUAUUAUGAGCCCUCGGAAGCAUCCAGCUAUGAUCCUGCAGCGGCUUUACUCGACAACAUCUCUCAGCCUUCUAAGAAACGGCGCCCGUCGCCGGAUUCUACGGAUGCCCAGCAACCCAAGAAAGUGAGGCUUGGGGAAGCUGGAGCUAGAGCUGAUCCCACCGUCUCCAAGGAGUCCCAAAAGCUGGUGGUGAACCGCGCCAAGCAGCUUCCAGGAGAGAUAUGGCAACAUAUCUUCACUCUUGUACCGCCCAGGGACCUGGGUCGUUUGUUGGUUGUCAACAAACUCUUUCAUGUUUUUCUUAGCCCUUCUCUUGCUGGCUCUGCCCAGCAACCCAGUGAUGUGCACUCCUCCCUUCCACCAUUGAAGCCGGAUGCUAUAUGGCAAGCUUCAAGAAGGCUUUUCUGGCCCCGCAUGCCUGCUCCCCUAAAAGGAAAAUCCGAGCUACAAAUGUGGCGUCUUGUCUGCUCUACAUCUUGCCAGUUGUGCGGUACCAAGAGUCAGAAGAACCCCCGGUCUUCAAAUAAUGAGGCAUGGCGUAGUGGUCCUGGUUCAACUGAUGUCUGUCCCAUUUUUCCUUUUUGCGUCUUCACUUGCGGCACCUGUCUGAAGAAGAAUGGGGUCAAGGAAAUUGAUCUUUCACUUUCUCCGACUUUCCCUUAUUUUCUUCUCCCUGCUCUUGCUCCUAUUCUUGUGGAUACAGACAUGCAUGUCAUACCUCCCCGUGCCAUGCAGAUGGGAACACUCCCUCCUGACACUCAGGUGACUAAACUAUUCUGGGCAGAGCACGUUGAACAAGUCAAGGCAGAGUUCACAAGUGUCAAGGCGUUAGGUUCUGCUGCUGCUGAAGAGUGGGUUAAGGGCCUAGAGAUUCGUGGGAAGCAGGUUUUGGUGGAUGCCUCUCGCUGGGAGAAGUGGGCUGGUGCCGGUGGAAUUGCUCAUCUGCGAGUAGGAAAUGUUGCAGUCAAGGCUGGUGUCUCAGCCCCUGCUGCAUCUUUCCCUAGCAUUCCUCUUCCUAAUAACCCGUUAUCAAAUGUCACUCAGAAGACCGACAAGCAACAACUGCAAACAUCCAACAAGGUCGAGCAACAUGGUUCUUCGUUACCCCUGGAAGCAAGUGCUCAGCUACCACACCCUCCAGCACAACAAAAGCGUACCAAAGAAGAAGCUGCUCAGCUCAAGGCCCAAAGGCGAGCCGAUAUCGAACGUCGGGCUAUGCUUCUUAACCCUCCACUGACUGCAGAUGUUCUGGCCCAUAUCCCAUCCUUCCAAGCAGCUCUCCAGCUCAUCACGCCGCUCGAUGACGGCGCUUGGGAACUAUUGAAACCUCGUCUUCUUACCCAGAGAGGGGAAGCCGAGCAGCGGGCAAAACAAACUAGCACAAACACCCAGGUCCUUCGCGAGGGGCCCAGGAAGAAGGAAAUUGAGAAGAAUGCUGCUAGAGAACCGAGGGAAGUUACUGAUGAUGAAUGGGAUGAAACCCAAGGUCCUGUUCGAGCUCGCAUAGCAAAAUAUGCAGACGAAGUCAUCGAGAGUUGGAACAAUGGUACCAAGAUCAAGAAGAAGACCUGCCCUCAAUUCGCUGCAGACGUGCUGCUCUAUGUCCGGAAACGGUUUUACGCCGAAGUUGUAAAGGACAGAGCUGCAUUGGUCGCUGCUGGGAAAAGACCAAUCGUCGAGCCUCCAGAAGGCCCCUGGACUCAAAGAUUGACUUUGGAAAAUAUGAAAUGGGUUUUUGAUGUCAAGAUCAAGCCUCGUACCGAGCCGCUGCGUAAGGAGUUGUUUCUUUGCAACGGCUGCCCCGGUGGUGUCGGCAUGCUCAAGUUCUUCGGGUUCGAGGGCGUACUCCAACACUAUGCAGCAAAGCACACAACUGCACUUAGUCUGGGCAAUGUUGUGGUGCAUUGGAGAGCAGAAUGGCCAGAGGUGCCACCCUUCUGUCCUGACCCUCAAACGAGGGAGAAGGCCUACUACGAGAAAGGUUCGUCCAACUCCCAGCAACCUCAAGACGUUCCACUUCAACAAGCUUACCCGGGCUUCCAACCGGGUCUGCCAACAGGAUAUCUACCUCCUGUCUACGGUGCAGAAGUACCAGCUGUUCCGCAUUACCAUGCUGAACCUCAUAUGCCGAUGCCCCCCGUGACUCAGUAUGGUCAACCCGGAGCCCAUGCGUACGGUGGACCAUACUUGGCUCAGCCUUAUCAUGAUGCUACGGCAUAUGGCUCUAAUCCUCCGCGGUACCCUUUGGGAAUGCCUCACGGCUCCCACAACCAUCCGAACGACUACGCAGCGCCUGUUCCUUCAGCCCCUAGUCAUAUGGACUACGAGCCAUAUCCUAAUCAGAACGACAUCAACAGUACCACAUCGUUCGGCAUGCAUGAAGAAACCCAGUCUGAUACCAUUGCCAAAUCUACUCAUUCUGCAUGGUCACAAGUCGGCCACAUCAAAAAGAUACCUCCACCAAUCAGGGCCCUUGCGGUCAUCCAUCAUGCUGCGAAAACUUUCAAGGCUACGCAUCGUGAGCCACUGCCAUUGGCUAUGUUCAUCGAUGCCACGGCGAGAAGUAGAAAGCUGCGCACCUUUCGAUCACUCAAUGGAGUCGCAUGUAGAGCUUGUGGCAGUGAGGUCUUCCAUCUGCCUAAGCUAGCCAGCCAUUUCAAGAGAGUACACGAAGAUCUGCUCAUAAGUCAAGGGUUGGCACCCCUGGACUGGCUAACGGACAUGAUCAAACUUCCGGAAGAAGAGCGCUUGGCUGUACUAGCAGUCAUACUGCGCGAGGACACGGCUGCAUACUAUUUGGUAGAAGAGGCUGUCCCCUGGGCAUUUGACCAGGCUUUCGUGAGCAAAUUCAGUUCGAAGCCUUCGCAAACAAAGUCCAACAAUGCCCUUCCUGCUCAGGAGCCUAAACAACCCCAGCCCCAAGCUGCGGCUUUCGUAACAGACGAUCCACCCAAGAAGGAGCAUUCACGGAAUGCUGUUGCGCAGAUGGAUAGCACACAACAGCCUGACCAUCUCCUCAACUCAACUCAACCCCAGCCAGUAAUGCCAUCAAUCACUGCGUCUUUACCUACUCGAUUGCAGGUUAAGUCUGGGCAAGAUAUAGCGCCUCUUCGCCCAGCCAGUGAAGUUUACGGUCGUAAGAGACACCAAGCUUCAGCAAUCCAGCCCAGACCUGCUGGUCCCACAGAGAUUGAUGGUUCCGGAACAGAUAGCUACUCGAUGUCAGAUUUCGAGCGAGUUCGUGAUCCAACGAAGGAAAGAGGAAACCGUGAUGCCAGAGGAAAGACUGAUCACGAGCUCACAGCUCAUCGUCCUUUCCAUCAUACAAAGCCUCGGCACUGGCGUGAUGAACAGUCAUCUGAUCACCGAGAUGCACAAGAACAACGAUAUUCGGGCACAGAGCCAGUCGGGCAUCGCGACAGAAGCGCCUCAGUUGGAAACCGGCCACAUGAAAACCGCCCUUCAGACAAUGCGAGGGUGAAUGCAGCACUCGAUUACGUCGAAGUUGAAGAGCUACCAGUUGUUCAAAAGCACCAAGUAGAGGACGAGGAAGAGGAAGUUGUGUACGUGGAUGAGUCUGGGCGCGAGAUUGGAAGAGGCCGCAGAGCUCGAAACACCCUUCCCCGAGAAUCUAGAUACGGUGUUCCUGGCGAGCGGAGGUUUGCCGACUAUGAUCACCCUCCAUCAUCAUGGUAUGGUGAUCAAACCCGCUAUCAGGAAAGCAGUCCCCGACCACGACACACGCAGCCAGGGUAUCACUAUAGACCGGAGCCGCCUACUGCCCCUCCCCGGGCUUACUAUGACUACCAUGGCACACGUCCCCCUACGGAAUACCCUGCAGAGGCAUACGGGCUUGUCGAGGUUCAUCACCCAAACGGGGACUACUUUGUUAGACGCCCUAUUCGACGGGAUGACAGACCUUAUUAUGUCUAUGAGACUCAGCCUCCCCCGAGGGAACAAAGUGUUUAUCCUACACAGCAAUAUGCAGAGAGUCCCUCGAGUUAUAGGGUUGAUUCUCAAGGAAAUGCCCCCAUUCCUCCAUCAGCACCGAGGCCUGCAUACGAUGAUUAUGAUCCGCGAUAUCCUUCAUCCAUCGCCAGAGAACCACCGGCCUAUCGUGGAAAUCAGUGA